GUUGGGUGAGUCUCAUUCUACCAGAUAUACUAUACGUUUGUACCUGUGUGCAUAUGUGUGCCCUGGUGAAAGUGAGAAGCGAUAAACAGUGUGGAAUCCACUCAUUUUCUUAAACUACUGGGCGAACUGGCUCAUGCUGCACUGAUAUUCUUGAACGAUUUCUUUCGUGGCUAUGACCCAGUGGUUCGUGAGUCCAUUCAUUUGUUGGGGGGUUGUUCAGGUGGUAACAUUUUAGUCUUGUAUUUACAUACGUGGCGUGACAUGGUGAAUUGAAGACGGCUGUUUAAGAAAAUAAAAUGUGCAUACGCCGUUCAACAGCCAAGUCAGCAAACCUUGGGUAAAAUCACAGUCAUUGACUUGCACUCGUCCUCCAGUCGACAGAGUCGUAUUUACAGAGUCGCAAAUUGCGACAACAAAACAUACUCUCAUUAAGCAUUACUCAUUACGUAUGAGAAUGCAUUUACUAAAAUGACCUUCCAUGUUUAUUUAAUCACACACAAAAGGAGUUUUGAUUCGAACCAGUCUGUUUCCUGGAUUUCUUCACUUCAUUCGUGAAAAUGUGAAGCCUAUUGUGUUUUUGUUAAAAAAUUGAAAACAUGUUGCUGACGUACAGACCCAGAGCUCCGCAGUUUCAAAAUAACUUCUUGUUCAACCACGUAGGAGUUGUACAAAUUUGAGUUCUUCGAGAGAGAGAGAGAAAAAAAACGUAAUUUCAUUUCGUUCUGAUCUUUUUAUCGAAAUUCUGAUGAAAUCGGAAUGGGAUGCGGAGUGAGCAAAGAAAGUGCUGCUGGAGUGCUGGGCAACACGGUGACGCAGAAUGGAAACUCUCACGGUAAAUCUAACGGGAAAGUGGAUCCAUCUUCGCCAAACGGCAAAUCGGCUGCCAACGGCGGAGUGAACGGGAUCGACCUACAGGAUCCAGAGCUUGAAGAAGCAGCUACACGAAUCCAGGCGACGUAUCGAGGGUACACUACACGAAAGACGAUAAAAAUGUCGAACCAAGAGGAAGAAGGCCUGCCAGAUCUCAACGAUCCAGAGGUCGGAAAUGCUGCUGCAUUGAUUCAAGCAUCAUUUAGAGGCCACCAAAACCGUAGGCAGCAAGAAAAGGCGGACAAGGCUAAGGCUAAAGCAGACGCGGAGCUUACGCAACAAAUGGAGAAACUAAAAACGAAGGCAGCCGAGGAGGAGGAAGAACUGCCGGACCUGUCGGAUCCAGAAUUGAACAAGGCUGCCACAAAAAUCCAAGCUCAGUUUAAGGGGCACAUGGUUAGAAAGACAUUGACAACCAAGGACGAGCCCUCUUCCAAUUGAUCCAAUACUCCGUAAUGUAAACCAUGCUCCGAAGCAAUUUCCGCAGUUCCACCCAGUCCCACUUCUUAGCCCCCAUAAUAUUACCACCACUCAAUUCUGCAAUAUCCUUCCCGAUCUCUCUCUUUCUCUCUAUCCAUAAGAUAAGCACCUUCUUCUAGCACGGAUAUACUUAGCUGCAAUAAAUCGUAGGAUUAUUAUAGAAGGAAACAAGAUUGACAUUACAUGAUGGGUGACCUUAAGAUUGGAGUCCUCGCCAUCAUUUCGGUUGGUUUCCAACGUCAAGGAGAAAAACAAGUAACAAUGCAAAUCGGAGCCAUCUUUUAGCCGAUGUAGUUCUAAUAGAACUAUUUUAUGCGAAUUGAACAAAAACAACUGGGACAGACUCCUCAUCUUUCUUUGAUCACCACUCAAGAGUUUACGCGUUCCUUGUAAACUCACCUUGAUAACCAAGUGUAUUUCACAAGCUGGGAAUGAAUUGUGCACACAAUUAAUAUUAUUUACCUGUAGAUCUAGAAAAGUGAAAAGCCGUGUUACUACAUACUGUUGAAGUUAUUUAAGCCUCACCAUGUACGAAGAUACGUCAUUUCAUGCACCACUAUUCUAAAUACAUAACUAAAUUACUUAUUACCUUACAAAAAUGCCAUUGAAAUUAUCACAUAUUCAAACAAAACGUUACAAAGAUAAACACACUGGGCGAAAUAUGAUGUCAUCUCACAUGAAGAAUAGCGUUAUCUGAGGUACGGCACGAUUGAGGCUCGGAGAUGAUUGUUCCCCUGGCUUUGUUGGUUCAUAAAAAAAUAAGUCGUAACUUGAUCCUGAAUCUUGCACUGAUAAAACUGAGUUUACGAAUAACGUUCUCUUGAAUUUUUGAUUAGCCUCAUAAUAUUUUACACAUCCAAGGCUUAUGUAUUUAUAUCAAUUUGGGUACAGUGACUUACAUAUGUGAAUAUGUACGAGUGUGUAAUUCUCAAAUAUCUACAAAUUUUAUGUGAACAUAAAUCUAUAUAAAUUCUAACUUUCCUACACUAUUAUUAUUAUUAGCCACCUGCAAUAUUAUUGUAAAACUGUGACACCAAAUUCAAUGUUGAUGUUUCUCGUACCUUACACAAUAUGUUACUCAACUAAUUGAAGUUGACCAGUUUGGAUUAAUUGUCUGUUUAAUACAUAAUUCCCACAAUUAAAUUGAACGCAAUAAUGCAUCCUUAACUUUUAUAUUUAACCUGUGCAAGUACCAUUGAAUGCUAUAAUUGUUAUUAUUACUUAUAACUUUGGAAUCACUUAAAUAAUAGCACAACCAACCAUGCACCGCAAUAUAAAUGACAACAGCAUGCAUGCAUACCAAAAGAGUUGCAAAUGUAUUCACAGAGUAAAAUUAAGGUAAAAAAUGAGAUAUUACAAAACUAUACUAUUCCUUGGUAGACUGCAAUAGUGUAACUUUUUCGGGCAUUGUAAAGCCUAUAAAUAAGUACAUACACAAAUUGAAGAAGAAAUGUGUGGGGGAAGUAUUGCAAGUAUUGAAAUCCAGCCCAUCAAUGUAUCUGAAGUAUUGAUGUACGUACGUAUUGAAGCAUUAUUGAAGAAUUUAAUAAAGACUCCCAAUUAAUUACAGCCA